AUGCAGUACGUAUCAAUUCCACAACAGAUAUUGCUGGCCAAUCGGGCCAGGACCAAGCUCAUGGACUGUGCGAUGGUCAAGGAGCACAACAAGGACUACGACCUGCGACGCAUGGUCGCACACGCCAACAUGCUCGACAGCUUGCUGCGAGAUGUUCCGACCUCCGCACAGCCACAACAGACACAACGGCCAGAACCGCAGGCCCAAGUAUACCGUGCGCAGGCGCACGAGUACGACGAGGAGCUGAUGUUCGACAUGGACGACAAGGAGUACCACACGUCGACGGAGUGCUCGAACAUGAUCAGUCAAUGCAGGCGGUACGAGGACUCGCUGAGCGAUCAGUCUCAGUACGACCAGUACAGUGAUCAGUACCACGAGCAGUACAGCGAUCAGUUUGGCACUCUGCGCGGCUCUCUGCGCGGUUCUGUGCGCGACUCGCUGGGAGACUCGCUGGACUGCGACAACGCCGUCGAAGAGAACAAAGAUGAUGUGACGACGACGACGAUGACGACCACUAUCGACGAGAACGGCGAGUUGCACACGUGCAACCGCGUACCACUCCUCUACCAGACCCUGCGCGACGAAAAUACUCCACGUGAUCUACGUGACCACAUCAUUGACAACGAAAGAGAAGAUGAUUACGGAGAUGAUCCACGUGACGACGAAGAGAACCUGCUCGAAUCCGGGGAGUCGCCGGACGAGAUGGACGGCUGCGGGCUGCUGGCGGAGGUCGUGUACACUAACCCCGUGUCGAUGCGCUACAACAAGUGGCAGCACCCCGCAGACACCAGCACCGAACUGUACAAGCCAAGAUACAUAGACGCCUACAUACGACCACUCAAUUAA